CUGCUUCUGAUCAUAGAAGAUGAGUGGGAUCUGUACUGGCGCGGUGUGAAGGAAAUUCUGCUUGCUAAAACAACUGGAAAACAAAGAUGCAACAUGAGUUGCAGUAACCUUACUGGAGCAGACGGGUUAACACCUUGGAACUUAUCCGGCUCCAUGUACAACCUCUCUGGCCAAGCCCUGCAGGUCUGGAUGGAGAACAUCACUUGUGGUGACACCAGCAGCAGCAGCAGCAGCGGUACGUCCAACUCCACAGACCAGGAGCAAUGGGGGAGCCCCUACAAGACUGUGGAACUCAUCUUCAUUGCCAUAGUGACCGGGUCUCUAAGCCUUGUCACUGUGGUGGGCAAUAUCUUAGUGAUGCUGUCCAUCAAGGUCAACCGGCAGCUCCAGACAGUCAACAAUUAUUUCUUGUUCAGCUUAGCUUGCGCCGACCUGAUUAUUGGAGCCUUUUCAAUGAACCUGUACACCGUGUACAUUAUAAAGGGAUACUGGCCACUAGGGGCGCUGGUGUGUGAUCUCUGGCUUGCUCUGGAUUAUGUGGUCAGCAACGCCUCCGUGAUGAACCUGUUGAUCAUCAGUUUCGAUCGUUAUUUCUGUGUCACUAAGCCACUGACGUAUCCGGCCAGAAGGACAACCAAGAUGGCAGGACUAAUGAUUGCUGCUGCAUGGAUCCUCUCCUUUAUCCUCUGGGCGCCCGCUAUUUUAUUUUGGCAGUUCAUAGUCGGGCAGCGUACCGUCCCUGACAGGGAGUGUUACAUUCAGUUCCUCUCCAACCCCGCCGUGACCUUUGGGACGGCGAUCGCUGCUUUCUACCUGCCGGUGGUGAUCAUGACAGUCUUGUAUAUCCACGUCUCGCUGGCCAGCAGGAGCCGAGUCAGGAGACACAAACCAGAAGUGCAGAAAGAGAAAAAAGCAAAGCCAGCUAAUUUUUUCAAAAGCCACAUCAAACAGAACAACAACAACUCCUCGAAGCUGAACACAGAGGCGGGCGCAGCAGACACGGUAAAGAACGGGAAAGUGGAAGAGUCUGCAUCCACAAAGGUGGAGUCUACGGUCCAUCCAGAGGAGAAGGAGAGCUCCAAUGACUCCAGCACAGCUAACUUCGCUCCAAAAGGCACAAAAGACAAAACCAACAGCGAGAUCAUCCCCGAUGGGCAAAGCACCAAGCCCACACGAAUUAACCCUGGUUCCAAAUGGUCCAAGAUUCAGAUUGUCACCAAACAAGCAGGGAACGAGUGUGUCACUGCCAUCGAGAUUGUUCCAGGGGCUGGACCCACAAACAACGCUGUGCCAGUAAACCGGCAGGGCACCGUGGCUAGGAAGUUUGCCAACAUUGCCAGGAGCCAAGUCCGAAAAAAGCGGCAGAUGGCAGCUAGGGAGAAGAAAGUAACCAGAACCAUCUUCGCAAUCCUUCUGGCUUUCAUUGUAACAUGGACUCCUUAUAACGUAAUGGUGCUAAUCAACACUUUUUGCCAAUCCUGCGUCCCUGACACUGUUUGGGCUAUUGGGUACUGGCUGUGUUAUGUUAAUAGUACCAUCAAUCCAGCAUGCUAUGCCCUUUGCAAUGCUACUUUCAAAAAGACCUUUAAAAAAAUACUCAUGUGUCAGUACAAGAAUAUUGGUUCAAGGUAAACCAGAGGACAGUUACACCUUUCAUGUGAUGUUAAAGCUUUUGGUGGAAUCCACGGUUGCUUGUGGAUUAAAUCUCAAUGUAUGCUUUAGAGAUACAUUGUGAAACUUUUCCACCUGUAACUUUAAGGGUGCUUUUGGCUAAAACAAGAAAGCACUUUAACUGUGACCUACAGAUGGAAACGGACAAGUUAAAUAUCAAGCAAGUUGCUCUUUUUGGUGUUGCAGGUAUAAUGGAGGUCUGUCAGUAUAACUGUGGUGUAAAAUUGACCUCUGAGGCACAGGCAGAGGUCGACACUACAGAGUUGGAAAUGCUGUCCAAUUGGCAUUAUUAAAGAUUUAAAUGGAACAAUGUCUUUCAGCUAUUACAAUUAAAUCAAUGAAAAAAAUUACACAUGCCUGAGACAUUUUAAAUCUGAAAAUGAAAUCCAUAGUCCCCUAAAACGAUACAUGUUCUUGUUGCCUUUUACAAAGCAACAUGUUAAAGUCUACUACUGAAGCAAUCAUAAUCCACUCAACAAGGGCCUAGACAAGUUCUCACUAAACCCAAGGGAAUAUCCUUAGUAAAUCGUUGGCUCAUAUUCUAUCCUCAGGAGUAAAGAAACAGAAGGCAUUACAUGCAUCAUACAAAGUAAAUACAUCUAUAAAAUACACCUGUAUACAAAAUCCCUACCAAUUACAGUCAAUGCAAAUCUCCAGAGGCAGACCAAGAUCAAUAAUAUACAGUCGCAAAAGGAUCGACACUCUUAAAACAAGUUGCCCAUCAUGGUCUCCAAGCAUGCAGACCGAUUCAAUUGAUUUUCAGUCUAUAUCGUGUUGGACACUGAUGUUCUUCCAAAAACACCUCUUGUUUCAGAAGAUGAACAAACACUACUGAAUUGUGGAUGUAAACUAACCCAAGGUAUUCAGCGUGAAUAUCCAGAUCAACUACAAAUUAUUUUUAAUUAAUUUUUUUAAACAAUUUUCCAAUAAGGAGAGACAUGCAAACCACCCGACCUGAUGGACUCUCAGAUUCCAGUUCUAAACAAAAUGAGUAAACUUCUCAUUUUCAAAAGAUUUUUUUUUUUUAAAUGUACCUGAAACGAAUCAUUCACAAAUUCUCUGUGAAUGACCUUGAUGAUGGUAGACUUCGGAAUGGACUGAAAUCCUAUACUCCGGAAGUUUUUCUUCUUGUUUUAUAAACCAGCAGUCAGCAUGACAACACGGGUUUCAUCAGGAAAAGCAUGUCAUGUGAGAUUGUGAAAACUGAACAGAGGAAAAGGCUCUGAAUCUUUAUAUUUCCCUUACCCACCGAAACAAAGACAUGUAAAUACCAGAACAGGAGCAUUUGAGGACCUUCUUGCACAUAAAAAUGAUUACAAGUUUGCCUGUGUACUAGUAUCUGGAUGUUUGUACUUCUCUCGUCCUUGUGUUUCUUAGAACUGAUUUCAGAGUGAUAUUCUUUUACAAGUUCAAAUAUAAAGCUGCCUUGGAUGCAAAAAAACCUGGGAACUUUCUUCUGUCAAUAGCAGAGAUCUUCAGCAAAGAGGCUUUGAUGAAUUGACUUUGAUCGCUGUUGGCAUUUUAUGACCUGAACUGGAUUCUUUGCCUUUGGUCCAUCGUGUAGGAUUCCCAGAAAAGACAUUAUUGCUUUAUACAUGUGCAGUGGAUUUACCGGACUGGGAGAUGUCAAGAUUGUAGUUUGAGUAAAAUGUGCUUUAGUUUGUUAUUUGCCAUCCUUAAUAAUCCCAAGUACUGUACACCACUGAACAGGCAUCUUUGCAAGAAUUCCAGUAAAACUUGGUGCACAUAAGAACCAAUCAAAGCAGGCAACCAAGGAAGCCUGGUAAUGUGGCCAGUGAUGUAAUGUAGUUGUUCCCCUAAAUUAAAAUACAUAUUUUUUUCCUUUUGGUGUUCUCCGGACUAGGAACAAUAAGGUCACAAAACAAACGGAAAAAAAGAAGAAAAGAAAUUAGUGCGUUGCUCUUGCUAUAAAUAAUGAAAUAGCUGUUAUUGGGUUUUGUAAAUAUUGCAUUAGCAUAUAUUAACUGGCAUUUUUCCGAAUACAGCACAAUUUGAACUCAUGUACACAAGCUGUCAGUGAGGAAUGCUAGCAGAUUAUUGCCAGGAUCAGAUUAUUGCUUUCUGCUUCAGCCUUUAUACUGUAUUGCUGUCAGUGGUCAAACACAAUCUCAUUCCUCAAGCAUUACUGGUAGCUUCAUGUUUCUUUAUUACCAUCCUGCUAAGGGUCUUCAUUCAGUGUACAUACAUUAGAUGUGCUGUUUCUGGGAAACCGUUUUCUAAAAAUGCCACUUUUCUGUGUUGAAAUGAUUUGGAACAAUUAAUGCAAUUACUAUAUUUCAAUAAGAGUUCUGAAAACUGUGAACAUGAUCUUGAAAUUGGUACUACUAUUCAGAAGAUGAAGUGUGUUUAAAUUAAUCUAAACAAGUACAAAAAAAAAAACUACAGGAGACCGUCAUAGUUUACUUAUGGCAACGCAUCCUAUCCUUUUUGAGUUAAAACUCAUAUUUUACUUUGGGGUGAUGCAUUUGUUGCAGCUUUGUAAUCUUAAAUGUAAUGCCACAAAUACCGCUAUGUAAAUAUUAUGUAAAAUAGAUCAUUAAAAUAUAUAUAUAUAUAUAUAUAUAUAUAUAUAUAUGAUCAGUAUAUUGUUACAAUGUAUUUGCAGCAAUCUUUGGUUAAUUCCUGUUACCUGUCAAUUGUUCCAUACCAUUUACAAUAUACACAUUUUAAAAAUGUAUUUCUUGUCUUCGUAUUUUUUAAGCAUCAUAAGUAGAAAAAAUAUAGGUACUAACUUAAGACCACAGAUUAGUCAAAACAUAUGUUUACCUAUACUGUACAUCGAAACCCUGUAUCACUAAAGUCUCAUGAUUGAGCAUUUCGUUAUAGAUGCUGCAAGUAUAGCUCCAUUAAAAUAAUGCAUAAUCCAAGUCAAUAAUCGACAGACAAAAUCAUAUGGCAAAAAGUUAGUCUAGAUCCUGUUUUCUUUACACAAAGUGGUGUCAGUCAUUCCAGCAUUAACAAGACAGCUGCCACUCAGAGGCAGUACUGCCAGGAUCUCCGAGCUGUUGAAACCCCAGAGAAGACAGAAAUGCCAAUACAUCAUACAACAAUAACAGCUCUCAAUCUGAAGCCUGGGCAAUUCAGAGAAUGUACUAUCUUUUCUUUCCAGGUGGCUUUGCGAUUUGAAUGGAACGGCAGAUACGACACAAAAGGAACUAUCAUGAUGUCCUUAUUACUGCAUCCCCCUCGUGCACUUCUGUCAGAUUGAAAUUCUCAGCGCUAGCCGUUUGCCCAACUCUGGCCAGCUCAAGUUAUUUUUGAUACACAGCACUGCAGCACAUAACAGCCAGACUCAAGCACUCUUACUCACGUUGAAUCAAACUGUUGCAGAGGAUUAGCAUGAUCUCACAUAGGCUGUGGGUGAAACUCGCUGCUGUUUACUUGCUAUAUGUAAGUUUAGUUUUUGAAAACUGCAAUUACACUUCUUACCUAUAUAUUAGGUAAAAAAAAAUAUUUAAACCAGGUAUUUUUUAGGGUGUGAUCCCAGUAAAGCUGAUUAGUAGAAUUCUUCAGAAGCACCCUCCAAAUAUUUUCUCCCAGUUCUGAUCCCCCACUCCCUAUCAAGAAUGGAUAAUUAUUUUUUGCACUUAAAAGGUUUUUCACUUCAGCGAGUUAUGCUUCCUCAUUUUAUUUGUUAGUCAGAAAUAUAUUCAUUAAAACCAAAGCACACAAGCAGGAUCGUUUCAAUGCAUUACUCCAGCACCCUGUGAGCUCCUGCAGCACCUAGAAGGAUUCAAGUCGCAAGGUCUACUGACUGCUGCUGGGUGCUUGUAUUUAUUUGGAAGGGGUUACCAUUUGAAUCCAGGUCAUGACCAGUGGUACUCCCUGGAGCUUUCCCAGCACAUACCAAUUCAGUACCCUUCAGUUUAUUUCAACACCUAGGUUCAAUUUAGGGCUAGUUGGAACCAGGCUCUGAGCGGCGCAGUUAAUUCAUUAACAUUGUUAUAUAACAAGCGAUUUUCAACCUGCCCUUAUUGUCCUUUAUAAAUAAUAAUAACACUCCCAAUUCUGAAAAUAAAUGUAUGGUAGUUUAGGAGAGAAAGGAAAAAUGUAAUGGGUGCAAUUGCACAAAAAUGUAUUGCAGUAUAGUUGUCAGACCUUCCUAAAAUAAAUAAGGCAAGCCAUAUUCUAGCACAGUGGAUAAGGGUCAGAGUCCUGGCUUGGAGUUUUUCCAGUCUUAUUCACACUGUUGAAAUACCAUCUGGUACGCUUGUGAAUGAAGUGGCAUGUUGAGCUCUUAUUUGGAAGGGUUUGCAGUGUGAAUAGUCAAUAGCAGAGCCACAAUUGAGAUCAGCGGACCAUUACUUUUGAAUGUACUGUGAUUCUUGAAAUGUAUUUGUUUACGACUAAGUCGCCCUGGAUAAGGGCGUCUGCUAAGAAAUAAAUAAAAAUAAUAAUAAAAGAAAACAAGCUUUCACCCACAUUUAGAAGAUUUUUUUAUUGAAAAAAAAUUCUAGUCUAAGUUGUUUCAGUGGACAGCAAAAUGUGCGAGUUGUAUACACUACAUUACACUUGUAUAGGUUUUCAGCAAAGAGUUUCAAACAAAAAAAAACAAAAAACAAAAAAACACAAAUCUAACUUCUCUCCUUAAAAAAAAAAAAACACUAAAUUGCACACAAGCUUUUAAAUUAUAACUUCCCAAUAAUGCCUGGAAGUAAAUAACCCAACACUGCUUAAAAAAAAAAAAAGUCUCCUAAAGUGUGUGUGUACAUAUAUAAAAAAAAAGUGGUGUCAGGAUUUACAAUUUUGCAAAUUCAAAAAAAAAAGUCAAACCAGGGACUAACCCUGGUGAAUUGUUAGUAAUACUACACUAACCAAAUCACGAUUCAUAUUUUAUAUAAAACAAAAAUCGGCAUUUUCCAUAUUAAUUCUUAUUAACCAACAAUCCGUUUCUCCCCCCCCCAUUCUUCUCUUUCAAUGAAGCAUUAUAAAAAAUAAACUAUCGCUUACAAUUCCCCUAUUUGUGUUUUGCAAGACAGUCUACAAAAAAAAAAAAUCUGAAAAAAAAAAACUUCGGAAAAUGUACUGUACAAU